CGGGCGCCAAGGCGACGGUGAGGUCCGAUAAGAGGAGCACAAAACCAAAGAUCGCGAAGCAGAGCGCGUUCAAGGCGGGUCUCCUCGGCGGCAUGUCCGCGGGCCUCACCGUGAACACCUGCCUCUUCCCGCUCAACACGCUCAAGACACGGCUGCAAUCGCGCCCGGUCGGCGCGGCCAUGGGCUUCGCGGAUCGCUCCAUCCUCCGCGGCCUCUACCGCGGCUUCCUCAUCGACACCAUGGGCACAUUCCCCGGCACCGGGCUCUUCAUGGCGACGUACGAGGUGCUCAAGGCGACCGGCGCGUUGCAUCCCACGCUCUGCGCGGCGGGCGCCUCCGUCGCCGGGUCCCUCUUCACCGCGCCGUGCGACGCGAUGAAGCAGCGGAUGCAGGUGGACCCGAACGCGUCCAUCCGCGGCGAACUGAGGGCGGCGUUCAAAUCGUCGAACCCGCUCCGGCGCCUGUUCGUGGGCUAUCCCCAGUUUCUCAUCCGCGACUUGCCCUUCGACGCCAUCCAGAUGACGAGCUUCGAGGCGCUGAAGAGUUGGCACUCGAAGGCGGUGGAGCCCGGCCGACCGCGGACCCCGGCGGAGCUCGCGUGGCUCGGCGGCGCGGCCGGUGCCAUAACGGGUCUCCUGACGACGCCGCUGGACGUCGCGAGGACCGCGGAGGUGUGCGCGAUGCGCGCGGGGUUGAAAUGCACGGGCGUCGCGUGCCUGAGGGAACUGGUGCGGCAGGGGGGCGCCAAAGUUUUGCUGCGGGGAUCGCUCCCGAGGAUGAUCGAGAUCUCGCUCGGCGGCGUGCUGUACUUCUCGGCGCUGGAGCACACGAAGAGGGUGUUGGGGUAUCACGACCCGCCGGCGCAUUUCGGCGACGACGACGGCAAAGUCGCCGCCGCGUGACGCGAACGAGGGUAAUUUUCCAUUUCUUCGCCGCCGCCGUCAACCGGGCUCUCAGUUGACGGGCGCGUUAGCUCAUGUCGGGCCGUGUACUCGGUGUAUUCAUUAAAGAUGGCUCCGUCACUAGUAAAGCUCG